GAUGAGGCGGAGGAGGCGGCGGCCCGGCCCGGCCGCUCCCGUCCCUCUGCCCGUGGCGUAGCGGUCCCCGCCCGGAGGAGGCCGCGGCGGUGCCGCCCGCCGAGCCAUGGCCCAGCCGGGCCCCAGCGCCCAGACCGAAGAUGCUCUUCUACAACGGGUAGCAGAAUUGGAAAAGGUCAAUGCAGAAUUUCUGCGCACAAAGCAGCAACUUGAGCAAGAAUUUAAUCAAAAGAGAGCAAAAUUUAAGGAGUUAUACCUGGCUAAGGAAGAGGACCUGAAAAGACAGAAUGCAGUGCUGCAGGCAGCCCAGGAUGACCUGGGCCAGCUGCGGACCCAGCUGAUGGAGGCCCACGCUGAAAUGGAGAACAUCAAGGCCAUAGCCACAGUGUCAGAGACCACCAAGCAGGAGGCCAUCGAUGAGGUCAAGAGGCAGUGGCAAGAAGAAGUGGCUUCCCUCCAAGCCAUCAUGAAAGAGACUGUUCGUGACUAUGAGCUGCAGUAUCACCACAGGAUGGAGCAGGAGCGAGCUCAGUGGAGCCAGUACCGAGAGAACAUGGAGCGGGAAAUUGCCGAGUUGAGGAGGCGACUCUCCGAAGGGCAGGAGGAAGAAAACCUAGAAAAUGAAAUGAAAAAGGCUCAGGAAGAUGCCGAGAAGCUGCGCUCGGUUGUGAUGCCCAUGGAGAAAGAGAUUGCAGCCCUAAAGGAGAAACUGGCAGAAGCUGAAGAAAAAAUAAAAGCAGCAUCAGAGGUUAAAGAACUGAACCAUUAUUUAGAAGCUGAGAAGUCGUGUAGGACAGACUUGGAGAUGUACGUGGCUGUUCUCAACACACAAAAAUCAGUCCUGCAAGAAGAUGCAGAGAAGUUGAGGAAGGAGCUGCAUGAAGUUUGCCAUCUGCUCGAGCAAGAGAGGCAGCAGCACAACCAGCUGAAACACACAUGGCAGAAAGCCAAUGACCAGUUCCUGGAGUCCCAGAGGCUGCUGAUGAGGGACAUGCAGAGGAUGGAAAUUGUGCUCACCUCAGAGCAGCUCCGGCAGGUGGAAGAGCUGAAAAAAAAGGAUCAGGAGGAAGAUGAUCAGCAAAGGCUUAGCAAGAGAAAGGAAGAGAAGCAAAAAGAUUCAGAUGAUGAAACAAAGGCUUCAUGUUCUCUGGCCCCUGAAGAAACCCUUACCCAGCUCUCUAAUGAAGAGGUGCAUGUGAAUAGCACCCAUGGCUCAGUCCAUUCCCUGGAUGCAGACUUGCUUCUUUCCUCUGGCGAAUCCUUCAAUAAACCAGACACUGAUGUGUUUAAAGAUGGACUAAGGAGAGCACAGUCAACAGACAGUCUGGGCACAUCUGGAUCCUUACAGUCCAAAGCUUUAGGGUACAACAACAAAGCGAAAUCUGCUGGGAACCUGGAUGAGUCAGAUUUUGGACCACUUGUUGGAGCAGAUUCAGUGUCUGAGAACUUUGAUACGGCUUCCCUUGGAUCCCUGCAAAUGCCGAGCGGGUUCAUGUUGACCAAAGAUCAGGAAAAAGCAAUCAAAGCAAUGACACCAGAGCAAGAAGAGACUGCUUCCCUGCUCUCCAGUGUCACCCAGGGUGUGGAAAGUGCUUAUGUGUCCCCCAGCGGGUACCGCCUGGUCAGCGAGACAGAGUGGAACCUGCUGCAGAAGGAGGUGCAGAAUGCAGGGAACAAGCUGGGCAGGCGCUGUGACAUGUGCUCCAAUUAUGAGAAGCAGUUGCAAGGGAUCCAGAUCCAGGAGGCUGAGACCAGAGACCAGGUGAAAAAGCUGCAGGUGAUGCUGAGGCAAGCUAAUGACCAGCUGGAAAAGACAAUGAAAGAUAAACAGGAACUGGAGGAUUACAUGAAACAAAGUGCUGAAGACUCCUCUAAUCAGAUCUCCUUGCUCAUGGCCAAGUGUCAGAAGUCAGAGAAUUUCCUCAGUGAGCUGCAGCAGGCAUUUCUGCAAGCCAAGAGAAGUGUCCAGGAGCAAAUGGCUGUCCUGACACAGUCAAGGGAGCAGGUUUCAGAAGAGUUGGUGAGACUGCAAAAAGAUAAUGAAAGUCUUCAAGGAAAACACAGCUUGCAUGUGUCCUUACAGCAGGCUGAAGAUUUCAUUCUACCAGAAGCAGCAGAGGAGCUCCGGGAGCUGAUCCUCAAGUACAGGGAGGACAUCAUCAGUGUGAGGACUGCAGCAGAUCACCUCGAGGAGAAGCUGAAGGCAGAGAUCCUCUUCUUGAAAGAACAGAUCCAAGCUGAACAAUAUUUGAAAGAAAAUAUAGAAGAAACUCUACAGCUGGAAAUAGAGAAUUGCAAAGAGGAAAUAGCUUCCAUUUCGAGUUUAAAAGCUGAACUGGAAAGAAUAAAAGCAGAAAAGGAACAGUUGGAAAGUUCUUCACAGGAAAACCUGCAGCAGCUGGAGAGUCUGCAGGAGGCAAAGAAUGCUCUAGAAGAACAGCUGAAGAAAGAGACUGCAGCAAAGGCCAACCUUGAGCAGCUGGUGUUUGAGGAGAAGAACAAAGCCCAGCGGUUGCAGACUGAAUUAGAUGUCAGUGAGCAAGUGCAGAGAGACUUUGUAAAGCUUUCUCAGACCCUUCAGGUGCAGCUGGAGAGGAUCCGGCAGGCAGAUUCCCUGGAGAGGAUCCGUGCAAUCCUGAACGACACAAAACUGACGGACAUUAAUCAGCUCCCUGAAACAUGACACCCUGAUGGGCUCCGAGGCUGCGGCUGGGGUUUUUAACUCAUCUUUAUAGCAACAUUAAUUAUUAUUUAACUCUAACCGAGAGAGCAGAAGACAACAGAGGGGAGCGAUGACUUAAGUUUUGUUUCUAGAGGGGAAAAAGGUUUCGUACUGGGCAGGAAGAGAGCACAAGGGUGACUUGUAGUGUAGGAAGGAGAACUUUCUAAUGGAAACACUAAUGAGUGCAGUGUUUCGUGUUCCACUGAGUGGGAUCAGUCCUUACAUUCUGAAAAACUUCCCUCUUUCAGCCGACUUCGUAACCUAAUAUAGAGUUUUGGAACAUAUACCCCUGUCUUUCCCUCUGUUCUUUCCCCCACUACUGUGAUCAAAGUAGCUGCUGGAAACUAUUGUCCCUCCAAAACGUUGAAGAGCAAAGUGGUUGAAGUUUUUCUGUUUGAAUAGUCAGUAACAGUAUUCAGCUAGCAGAGAGAAUGAGGUGUAGAGUAUGCUGUAUGAAUAUUUUAUAUUAAAAUGACUUUAUUAGCAGGACACUGGAUAUUGAUCUUAUUUCAUAACUCAGUACUUUUUUUUAAAAACCAUUGGCUCUGUGAAGAAUCUGAAUGCUGCUGAAAUGUGGAUAUGAGUGAGCUGUGUAUCUUCUGAACAGAUAAAUGCUAAUCCAAAAGAAAAAGAACACUGUACUGAGAAUUUAACUCCUUACCAUUUUUCUGUUGAAUUCAGAUACAGAAAGAAAAGCACAAGAAAUGCACUGGUUUGUAAUCUCUUUUCACAAAUGUCAUUUAGAAUAUGGAGCUACAACCGGUUGUUUCUCAUCUCCUAAAGCUGAGCAGUGCCUGGAAUCCCUUCUCUGUGGAAAAGAAAAAACCAAAAAACCCAAACAGAAGAAAGCUGGUAAAAUCUGUGCAUGUCUGAGCAUUGGCCCGAGGUGGUGCAGGUGUGCUCUGCCCUGGGGGUGGCCCAGGGUGUGAAGGCAGGAGCUCUCUGGGGAAGGUGCUGAGGGCAGUGCAGGGUGAAGCUGUUCUGACCCUCUGCCAGCCCAGCCUGGUGUCAGCACACAGGGAACCACUGCCAGACACUCCUGGGCAGGGCACAGAUGUGCAGGAGCUGCAGCUUGGAGGGGGCAGUGCAGCUCUUGGCUGUCCUGCACUGCUCACGGGUGGCUCCUGUGCUGUCCCCUGUUCUGCUCCCAGGCAGUUAAAUUGCACUGAGUAAUGUGGCAGCAGAGGCAGGAAAUUCUUGUGAUCACUCAGUUGCCAGCUUUGGGUUUCUUGUUCUAUAAAUGUCCAGAGGUAACAUGAGCAUUCCUCCUCCCCCUCCUGCAGUGCUGGGGUUCCUGCACGCAGCUGGAUGGAUUCCUGAGCUGCUGCAGGUGUUGGUGAUCCUGGUGGUACAAACCCAAUUCCUGAACUUUACAACUCUGUUAAAAGGAGGCUGAAGGAGCAGAUCCGGCUGUUCAAAACUUCUUCAUUUUUCCUCCAUUCCUUGGUGUUUUUUCUUCGCAUACUUGGCCAGAGAUCUGCUUUUCUUCAUCACCUUCAAAAGUGACAGAAAAUGCUCCAAACUGCAAUGCACAUGAUUAUAUAUUUUAAGUGCUUAGAUCCUAUUUUCAGCAGUGUAUAUCCUGCUACUGACAUGAAGUCAGAACCAGUGGUUUUGAAGAGGAAUGCCUUAAAAACAGCCAAAAAAGCAUCAUACAAGCUCAAUUCCUUGCCACUCAUUACAAGAAUUAAAGCAUUUUAUUCACCCUAGCAAUUAAUUCCCUUCAUAAUCCUGACACCCAAAAGUAAUUUUUCCCACCUUAGUAAUGACUAACAGAUGGCAGAGCUCUCCUGUCUAGAGAUGACACUUCUGUCACAUAAAGGUGACGUUGAAGCGUGGCUGGAGUCUUGCUUGGCUAUUGCCAGAUUAGGGAUUUUUUAUUCUUCCUCACUAUUUGCUGAACUGUGGGUGACAGCAGCCAUGUCCUGAUGCAUUAAUCCAGGACCAGAUAUUUUCAUUCAGUUUUCCAGUGGCUGGGUAGACUUUGGAGACAAAACUUACAGGCCUUUAGUAGGAGCUACAGAACAGAAAGGAAAGGUUUUUUCUCUGUUCCCACCCUCCCUUGCCAAAAAAUAAUGUGUAACAGGUUACAGGGUUAGUUCCUGUAACUGGGGACUGCUUCAUCUGUGCAGGAGGUGUAAGGAAGCCUUUUGUAUGGCAAAACUGCACCACAUCCUGCACCCUCUUCAGCAAGCUGAGCGCUGUAGGAGCUGCUUCUUGAAGUCUUUCAGGGUAAAAUAUUUUUUGGUUAUGUUUCUGGAUGGUCCCAGUGCGAGAGAGCAGGGAAGGGGCUGUUCCCGGCCCUCCAGCACCCCUGGCUGCUCUCAGCAGCCCUGGCUGGGCUGGCUCAGAGCCUUUCAGGUGCUCCAGGGCUGGUGGCUUUUCCUUGGUGUGUUUUUAUGGCUCCUGGGCACAGCUUUCCCCAGGUGUGGGGUGUCAGGACGAGGUCAUGGCUGCAGCCUGGCAGGAAGGAGGCGAGUGGGGCAAGUGGUUUGGGCUCCUUGGUCGCCCCAGGGCCUGUGGAGCUGUUCCCAAAGGCAGAGCUGCAGGCCUGGGGGGUGUCUCUGUGUGCUUUUCCCUGUUUGUGAGCCAGGCACUGCACAAGUCCCUGAAGGAGCUUCCUUGGUGUGGAGAGGAGGGCAGGCAGUUCUUGCAUGGAUUUUCCUUUUCACCCCCGUUCCAUCACGCACCCCAACACCUGUGCUCCUGUCUCAGUACCAGCUGUGACCAUUUUUGUGUUGGAACACGAGUCACCCUUUUUCACCAGCUGCUGUCAUGUCAGACUUAAACAAUUCUGUUUGAAAUUGGAACCCUGGCUGUUCACAGAAGUGGUGGGAGAUGUGCUCCCUGCAACCUGCUGUCCCUCCGGGGGAAGGACAGCAAAGCUUCAGCAGCAGCAACUGAGCUGCUGCUGAACUCAAGGGGCCUUUAAAAGUAAAACAAGCAGCGUGUGCCAAAUUUGCAGAGCAAAUUUAAAAGACUGUAAAUGUAGGAAAAGCUCUUGGUGUAGAUACUCACUGGAGGAUGGAUUCUGGUAUUGCUGCUCAUGAACAUGAGAAAACAGAUGCUCUUCCUCCCAGUUCUGGGUGUUGUGGAGCGUGGCUGGGGCCGGGGUGGGUUCUCCCGUCUCGGGCAGUGUCACUGCUCAGCUGUGACAGGGGCUGAGCUGUUGUGGAGGCUGUAGCAGGGCCCAGGUGUUCUGUCUGCGUUCCUGUACCUGUAGUCCCAACCUGUACAAAGCGUUCUCGCAGCAUGUCCGGCAGCCGGUCCCUCCCCAGCAGCGCAGUAACUCCUGUAACUCCUUCACACGCCCUUCCCCAGCGCAGGGGGAGGGACAACAAUCACUUACUGUCCAUAGAGUCUGUCCACAGCAGAGACUGAAUCGGCCUUGGCAUGGCAAGAAGGACUCAGAGCCAUCUUUUGCAGAAGGAAACAGUGUUUGGAAGUCAAUACUGCAUUCCAGUGAGCCAAGCCAUUGGUGUCCUGUGCAAUCGUGGGUGUAGAAUUCUGCUGUCUCCAGGAUUCCAGUGUAACCAUUUGUUAACUGUACUGAAGGUGUGUCCUUUAUGGAGAAAGUGUUCCAAAUUAAAAAAAGCUGCUGAA